CACUACCCUGCCAUGCCACGCAUCUCCAUCCUACCAAUAAAGCAGCUCACCCUCCGUACUCCAUCCCCUUUGGCACGCGCGUGGACCUGCGCUCGGUGCUCAAGCACAUCCCCACGAAGAAGCACAAAGAUGAUCGACCGACCCCUGCGCCCUCGGCGCUUUGCCCCGCUGGAUCCAGCGAGGCAAAUUGAGGGCGACGACAGGCCGGUGUUGAAGGGGAUUGUGUUUGAUGUCGACGGGACGCUGUGCCAGCCUCAAAACUACAUGUUCGCCGAGAUGCGCACCGCCCUCAACAUCCCCAAAACCACCGACAUCCUCGACCACAUCUACUCGCUGCCCGCCGCGGAGCAAGAAGCCGCCCAAGAAGCCGUCCGCGCCAUCGAGCGCGCCGCCAUGAAGAAGCAACGCCCGCAAGCCGGCCUCGUCGAGCUCAUGGACUACCUCGACGCACGUGGAAUCAAGAAGGGAAUUUGUACGCGGAAUUUUGACACACCCGUCCACCACCUCCUCACCACCUUCCUGCCCUCCUCCCGCUUCAACCCGAUAAUAACACGCGACUUCCGCCCACCAAAGCCCGACCCGGCGGGCAUCCUGCACAUAGCGCGGACGUGGAUGCGCGAGGGCGGCGGCGGCGGCUCGCUGAUCAUGGUGGGCGACUCGCUCGACGACAUGACGGCGGGGUUCCGCGCGGGCGCGGCGACGGUGCUGCUGGUGAACGAUGCGAACCGGCAUCUUGCGGCGCACCAGCAUACGGAUCUGGUGGUGCGGCAGCUGGAUGAGCUGAUUGGGGUGUUGGAGGGGGGGUUUGAGGGCAGGGUGGAGGCGGGGGACGAGAGUGUGGAUGCGAGGGGAUAG